AUGAAGAUCACUAGCCAAUUGCUCCUUUUUCUGGCUUUUCUCUGGACAACGAAAGCUAUUCCUCAUCUAACUCCGAUUCCGACUGAGCGUUUUCUGUUGCAUGAAACUUUAGACCAUCUGGGGAACUAUCAUGUCUUUUGGAAGUUUAACAAAACACACAUAACAUUCGAAGUACAUGUAAAAACCAGAGGAUAUUUUGGUUUUGGAAUUUCUCCUAAUGGAAAAAUGUACCCUUCUGAUGUAGUUGUAGGUUGGGUGAAAGAUGGAGUUCCACAUUUUUCUGAUCUACACACUGUCGGUCACUUCCAACCAGUAAAGGAUAUUUCUCAGGAUUGGACACUUCUUCAUGGGGAAGAGAAUAAUUUUGGAACGCUGCUUAAAUUUGAAAGACCAUUGACCACAUGUGACGAUAAUGACACGAAUAUCGUUGAUGCCACCAUGCGAAUAAUAUUUUCAUAUCACCCCGACGACCCAAAAGACUAUGAUCAUUUGCAUUGGCACGGUGCUACAAGAAGAGGCGCUAAAAGCAUGAUGUUAUUAUCGACAUCAAAACAGUAUAAACUUCCCGAUGAUAGCCAGACCAAAGAUCUGGUCCAUCAUCAACCAUUUAAUUUUCCACCAAAUGUUGGAUUACCCAUUGGUGAAAAUGAAAAUGAAUAUGCAUACAUCAUUGAAAUACAUUAUAAUAAUCCUGGGGCUGUAUCGGGCCUUGUGGACAGUUCUGGAAUGAAAUUUACAUAUACGUCACAUUUACGCCAACACGAUGCAGGAAUAUUGACAGUUGGAAUGUACGAAAACAAGCAGCAGAUUAUUCCUCCACAUUAUUGCGACUUCAAAAUACAGGCAGUGUGCACGAAAGAGUGUAUAUCUAAGGCACUAACUGAUGCUUCCAUAGACGAAAUAAAAUUGUUUGCAGUAUGGCAGCAUGCCCAUCUACUAGGGAAGGGAAUAACAACAAGGCAUCUCAGAAAUGAUGUCGAACUGGAGCCUAUUGCUGAAGAUGAACAUUAUGACUUUGAUUACCAAGAAACAAGGCUCUUCAGAAAGGAAAUUACGAUGAGAAAGGGUGAUAGUAUCAGAGUAGAAUGUACAUAUGAUUCCACUUUGAGGAAAAACAUAACAUAUGGAGGAUUUUCAACAACGGACGAAAUGUGUUUCUCAUUUGUCUACUAUUAUCCUCGAGUACCCCUUUUUAUGACAAUCCAAUCUCUACUUUAUGACACCAUUCCUGGUCAUACUUCAUUACUGUCGUAUACGUGGAAAGAUCAAAGCUCUCUUGAUGAAUUAGUCAAUCUGGUGGAAACUUCUGAUUGGACAGAUGACUCAGUUAGAAGUAAAUUCCAACAAGAUGUACUCAACAGUUCCAUGCGCAGCCGCUGCUACUGGUUACAGUCCCCAUAUCGCACACAGGAAACUUUGAAACUUGAAGAUCCAGCAGUUCCAUAUCAUAAACAGGAUACAUCUUGUCGACAUGGCUGAAACUGAAAAUGUUUAUGUGAAAUAAUGGUUCUACUAUUAA